AUCCAGCAUCAAGUGAGUGAGAGUCUGGUCUUUAGUGAUGUGGUGGUGAUAUUCGUUUAUGAUCAUGCCGGGAAAAUGUCCAGGAGACAAUAUGUGAGCCGUCGGCUUCAGCGAGGGCGAGCAGGCGACAUGAGGCGACGUCUAGCCCAAGAGUCCUCGUGACAACAUGAACACCUCGCCAACGACGAAUACGACUGUCGUCAUCUAUGCUCCCCACGAGGCAACGUACACUAUUACUCAAGUCGUCUUAAUAGGCACCAUAGCUGCAAUUUUGUCAUUGCUGACAGUGGUAGGAAAUAUUAUGGUAAUGAUAUCGUUCAAGAUCGACAAACAAUUACAAACCAUAAGUAACUAUUUCCUGUUCUCCCUCGCCGUUGCUGAUUUUGCCAUUGGACUCAUUUCGAUGCCGUUAUUUACCAUUUCCACACUUCUGGGCUACUGGCCGUUGGGACCUCUGGUCUGCGACACGUGGCUUGCCCUGGACUACCUCGCCAGCAAUGCUUCAGUAUUGAAUCUCCUCAUUAUCAGUUUCGAUCGUUAUUUUUCAGUAACAAGGCCACUUACUUAUCGUGCCAAACGGACCAAUAAAAAGGCUGCAUUUAUGAUAGGGAGUGCAUGGGGUAUAAGUUUACUUUUAUGGCCUCCGUGGAUCUACAGUUGGCCCUACAUCGAGGGACAGCGCACGGUGCCGGACAACGAGUGCUAUAUCCAGUUCAUCGAAACUAAUCAUUAUAUUACUUUUGGUACGGCUAUUGCGGCAUUCUACAUUCCAGUUUCGGUUAUGGUUUUUUUAUAUUGGCGAAUAUGGAGGGAAACGGAGAAGAGACAGAAAGACUUACCGAAUCUGCAAGCUGGAAAAAAAGAUAACAGUAAACGAAGCAAUUCGAGUGUAUUCGUGUGCAGCGACGAAGCUACCAACGUUUGUUCCACGGUGGACAUGGACGAAUGGAGACGACCGAGGUCGGAGUCUUCGACAUGUGCCGAUGCGGAUUCUGCUUAUAUUCAUGGCGUGGAUCCUUAUAGACGGAAAAGAUCGCGAAUGAUAACAGAACGUGGUUUUCGAGGCAGCGUAAGACGGUUACGUGCCUGGUGCGUAGCCUGGUGGCAUUCAGGCAGAGACGACAGCGAUACCGAGGAAGAAAGUCCAAGCGAACAAGGUCAGGGGUGUAUCACUCCUGUUUCCUUGGACACGCCUUUGCCUAGCUCCGUUUCUAGGUGUACUUCGCUCAAUGUUAUUAGGGACCCUUAUGCAACAAGAGAAAUCGGUUGGAGUGUAAACCAGCCGAACAUGACCCCGACACGUUUCACGCCACGUGACACGCGUAGUUUGCCGAUGGCCAAUCGGUUAGGAGGACGAACGGUAUCUUCAGAAAGUGUAUAUACGAUUUUAAUUAAGUUACCUGGAGAACCAAAGGAGGGCGCACAUCAGGGAGUGAUGGAGACGCCAUCGAUCAAAAUGAUUCCCGAAAAUACCGUCGAGAACGAAUACAAUAAUUCUACGAGUAAGCUCAACAAUUCGAACUCGACGGCCUAUUCGAAUCACAUAAAUAGGAGGCCGUCGGCUAUGCCCGAUGUUAGGAUACCUUUAAAUGCGAAAGGAAUUCCAAAGCAUUUAGCAGGUAAAGCAUUAUUGGCCAACGCAACAAAGAACCACGGUAAGAAGAAGAAGAAAACUCAAGAGAAGAAGGCCGACAAGAAGGCGGCAAAAACGCUAUCGGCCAUCUUGCUGACGUUCAUCAUCACUUGGACGCCCUACAAUAUAUUGGUGCUGCUCAAACCGGUCACGUCGACCAGUGCCCGGAUUCCGCCGCAAGUGUGGGACUUUUUCUACUAUUUGUGCUACAUAAACUCAACCAUUAAUCCGAUGUGCUACGCGCUGUGCAACGCGAGCUUUCGCAGGACCUAUUUGAGAAUUUUACAGUGCAAAUGGCACAGCAGGAAUCGGGCCGGCGUCAAUCGCGGUUUUUAUAAUAAUUAGGUAAAGAAAAAAGGUGAAAAAACAUUAAAAGGAAAAUAUUUAUUCUAUACUAUUAAUAUUGAACGCUACAACUUUUUUAGGUUUCGUAUUUGGGUCGCGUUGUUCAGCAUUUGCUGAGCGGUGGGCAUUUUGAUUUUCGAUCUGAGUUGAUGUGUAAAAAUAUGUUUAAGUAGUAUCCAGUUUUGUUGCGGAUCUAACCACAGAUGGGUCAUGGCGUUCUUGCACCCAUCAGAGCAAUGUAAGAUCAAUACCGAAAUAAUCAAUCAAUCAAGUGCACCUAAUCAAUCCAUAAAAGGUUGCCCGGGACCCACUUUGUGCUGAGCCGGUUCUAGAUACCAUAGAUUUGAAAGAAAUCGUGGUAAACUGGUACCAAAACCUAGAAUCGACUUUGUGCAAGGUUGGCUUCGUACUACUCGAUAUGGAUAUUUAUUGGACAUUUUGAGUAAGAAAAUUGUUCAGCAAGAAAUUAUUUUCAACGGAGAUAUUCCUCAACCUAACAUUGAGUUGACAGGUAACAUUGCUUUUGAACUCUUGAAUCACUUUAUGAAUAUAGCAGAGCCAGCACUCAAGGGGGUUUAGAGUGAUAAUGAUAAUUUACAUAUGAAAUUAAGUUCUUCUUUUUCAAGUGCCUUGUCCUCUACGAACGUUGACAAUUAUUAUCAGCGCUCUCUGUACUUUGUCGACUGCUUUUCUGACUAGACUAGUCGUGGUUUCACCAUACCAGUGACGCAAAUUAUUUAGCCAAGACAUUCUUCGACGUCCAGGACCUCUUCUGUCUUCCAUUUUUCCCUGAAUUAUGAACUUGGUAGGUAUUUGUCAUUCCCGAAUAUGAAAUCGAUCAAUGAGUCUUUGGAAGGUGGAGGGUGUAUUUUUCAUUCCAAAUGGCAUCCUCGUAUAACGGAAAAUUUCAAAUGAUGUUUUAUCUCGAUCAGAUUCGCGGACAGAGACUUAUGAUAUCCUGAUUUUAAAUCAAGAGUGGUCAUAUACUUUGUUUGUCGUGCAGAUCAUCAAUCCUAGGAAGUGAGUAUUUAUCGGAAACUGUUUUCUCAUUUAGGCUUUAAUAAUUGACACAAAGGCGAAUACUACCAUCAGGUUCAGGUACUAGAACAACUGGAGCAGCAUACGGAGAUUCGCAUUCUUCUAUGAUUCUAUAUUUCAGAAGCUUAUCCAGUUUUGCCCUCAAUAUGUUUUUGUUUUGUUCAGACAUCCGAUAAGGUAAUACAGAAAUUGGAAUAUCAUCAGUCAGUUUUACUGUAUGUUCUGCAUAUGGAGUUGGCUCGGUACCGGAUGUGAAUAAUUUAGCAUAUUGAUGCAGUAAGAAUUCAAUUUGUUGCUUUUCCUGUUGGCUUAGUUGUACACCUUCAUUUUCUCUCAAUUGUGAUGCAUUCAGUUGUACAGAAAACAUUGGAGUAGAUUCCGCAGUAGUUAUUACAUAAUAAGUCUCAUCUUCAAAUAAAUACGAAAAUUCUAGAGUUUCAGCAUAAUACCAUUGUCCCUGAGGAAUGUCCAUCACAAUAUUGGCAAGUUCAAUGAAGUCUAAACCAAGUAAAGUCCUAUUAUUGAUAUAUUCUGGAAUGGCAACAAGUGAUGUUAAAAUAAUUUUAUCAUUCAGAAUGAUUUCAACAUUAAAAACCAGAGAAGUUACAGUCGAGCGUUUUCUUUCAAGAGAAGUUUCAUAAGCGCAGCACCAGCUAGGCUACGCUUUGUUCCUGUAUCCAAACAGGCAAGACCAGUAUGACCAAGAAUAUUGACUGAAACCAUAGGUUUAAUUUGAGAAUCAACAGCUGAAGAAUGAUAGAAGAAUUCAGCAGCAUUGGCACUUGUAGUGAAAGUUUAGCCUGAUGAAGUAUUACUAGAAGAACCUGACUUUCGACAAUUUAGACAGACAGACAAACCAUAUUUUAAAGCUUCACUAUUGCGUGUAGUGACUUACGAUUUCAAUAAGUUCUAAGUAGACAUCUUCUAGACCUGCAGCUAUCCUGUUUUUGGAUCACGGAAUGGCGCGUUGGACUUCUUUCUCAGUUAUAUCUAGUCUUUCUCGUUAAUACUGUUCAGGAAUGUCCAAUAAUAUCUCGUCUUGAAACAGGUUUUAGAUGUAGCUACACCCUACACCACUGUUUUACUUUACAAUUAAUACCGGUCUGUCGAGGCUUGUAUACACCAGCAACUUACCCCAUAAAGAAGAGCAUAAUGACCAACAAUGAGUAAAGUCUGUCGUUUUUAAUCUGACAUUUUCCGUAUAAGGAGCGAGGGGGUGUUUCAUAUGGCAAAAAGAGGUGUGACGUCAGGUAACCAUUCGCGUUCUAAUGUAGAGAGCCACCAGCUCACAUUCCUUUGGAGUAUCAGAAUAAAAUCAACAGACUAUAGGUACAAAGUCCUCAGAUGGAAAGCAAAAUGCUACCUAGUAAUAAUUCAAGAACUCUUAACCACAAUCGUAAUCAAAGGCUUGUUGCGUAAAGACUCCUGAGAAAGUUGUAGCAAAUGAAAGUAAAUAUUAUUAAGGAAAAGAGGGAUUGUAAUCAAACAUUGACACAUUUUACUAAUAAAAGGAACAUGCCCUUACUUGUCAGUGGACAUCUUUCCAAUAGGCAGUCUUCAACUUCAGGGAUUUGUUUUAUUGUAAUCCUUGUUUGUGUAAAAUCACUACCACAUUGGCUACUCAAUAAUAAAUAAUUAUAUCUAAAUUUUGAAUGGUUGUUACUUACAAUGGAAAAAAAUUGAAAUCUAUUCCAAUAGUCCAUCUUCUAUUUUUCUCAAAUCCUUGAACUGUCAAAUUCCUGUUUAGAAUUCCUUGCUCGUAAAACGUAAAGAUAAAAAUCCCUUUUUUCCUUAAAAAAAAGAAACUCAUUUAAACAAUUUAUUAAAAUUUUCUAUUAUCGUGAAAAGUAACCUAUCGGUGGCAACCUUAGUUAGAAAUUUAAAACCGACACAAGUGCUGUUGGUAGCAUUCGAGAUUUUCAGAAAUGUUACUCGCCAGCCUUUUGUAGGUGAUUUGUAUCAAAUAAUGUGUACCAAUUCAAUGUCGCCCUUAAAUCCCGCUCUAAACACCAAGAAAAUUUCGACUAUAGUAAUGAUUCCACAACCUCAACGAAUUUUUUUUGGUUUAUUUGAAUAAUUAUUUUGUAAUGCUCAAUAGGUGUUUCAGCGUGUGAAAAUAAUAAAAAAGAACGAAGAUAAAUAAGAUGUUGGGUUUCAAGAGUUCAAAAACCCAAUGAUGACAAACAAAUAUAUUACUUAUAGAGGCUGUGUGUUAGAUUUAGUUUUAUUUAUGACCAACAUUUUGAAAGAAACAUUGAGCUGCUGCAUAGUUCAAUGCAUCGGUACUAAUUGUUUUCCAAAAAAAAAAUCGCUCAUAUAUUUCGUUCAAAUAUUUGCAAGCAAUAUUUAAAAUAAUUUGUUAUGUAUUUAUUUUGUUGUUAGCAAUAAAUUUUAAGUUUAAAUAUUGUGUUAUUAUGCUCAAUGAUAAGGAAUUUAUUAUUUACCCAAGUAGCAAUUUGAUAUCGUAUUGAAGAUACCAAUUUACGUUUAUUUGACAAAAAGAUCUAUAAUUCUUCUGGAUUGAUUACUUGUAAUGUAAGUCUCCACUCAUUGAUACUAAACACUUCAUGUUGAUUUUCUCAUGUGUACCUUUUCUUGUACUCAACAUGGAUUGCGUCUGUUUUUUCCUUUUGGUUCUUUCACCGGUGUUGUCUUAAAAACAUCCUCCAAAAGAUUUUUGAGUACCUUUGUGGUGAUUUGAUCUCCUUAUGCCUCUUUCAACCUUCACUGCAAUACUUCCUUGGAUCAUGCUCCUUCAAAUUUCCUCUCCAUUUGAACUUCAGGGAGACAAAUUAUAUCACAUCCAGUGUGUAAUGUGCUUAAUCUUUUUCCUCUUCAAAUUUUCGAUGGCAUGUAUUACAUAUAAGAACGAAAAAAGCCUUAUACAGCAAUGGAUAGAACAUUACAAGGGUCUAUUACAAGAAACUAGACCGGAAUAUAUAUUAGAUUCUCCAAGACAUUGUAUUGAAGUACAUAGAGAAGUUGAGAUAUCUGAAGAAAUAGUAAAAAGACUCUUAAGAAUCUUAAGCUAUCGGCUCACAUAGGAUCUUCUCCGAAAUGCUGAAAACUAAGAAGCUCCUUACAGAUGUCACAUGUAUUAUCAAUAAAUGGCUAAAUGGACAUCCUGUCCCACAAGACUUGAAAACUGCUUUUAUAUCAUCUAUUCACAAAAAAGGAAAUAAGCUGGACUACAAUAACUAUCGAGGCAUAUCAGUCACAAGCAGACUAUAUGGUAGAAUCCUACGUGAUCUCAUUGAAGAUUAUAAAGAGAAAGAAGGAGAAAAGCAGAGCGGCAAUAGAGCAGGAAGACAACGUAUUUUGCCUAAAACAAUUUAUAGAAAAGAGAUCUGCUUUUGGAAACUAACCUAACCUACAAAAAGCAUACGAUAUUGUCCCAGUAUUCAGACUAUGGAAGGUAUUAGAUCAAUUCAACAUCAAUCACACCUAUAUUACGGUCAUUGAAGAACUAUAUAAAAACUCAAAAUUAAGAAUUAAGAUAGGUAAAAAACUCACAGACACAUUUGAAGUCAAUAAAGAACUACGUCAAGGAUAUUUUCUCUCCUACGCUUUCAAAAUAUAUGUAGCACUUGAACAUUGGAAGAGGAAGAUCUAUGGAAUCGGUAUAGAGAAAAAUGCCUGUUUAUGAUUCAGUUUGCAGAUGUUCACGUCAUAGUGGCCAGUAACAAAGGGAACAUGCAAUUUACGAUUAGAAAGCUGAUAGAAGAGUAUCAAGAAUGGGGCCUGAGAGUUAAUAUAAAUAGAACAAAAUAUCUCCGUUUAGGCACCCAGAACGGAAACUUGUGGACAAUGAUCAAGAAAUUCUGCAAUAUCUGGAAUAUGAGUAUCUAGUUAUCACAUUCGACAACAUUGGAACAGAUGUGAAAGAAAGAAAAAGAAAAGCCAAUAGUGAUAGGCUGCUUAAAUGGAAUCUUAUGGAGCAAGGAAAUAACAAAGAAGAGAAAAUUCAAUAUAUACGAGACAAUGGAUAAAGCCUUCUAUAUGGAGCCGAGACUUGGAGAAUUACAGACAAAAAAAGAAAGUAGUAGCAGUUGAAAUGGAUGCUAAUAAAAGAUCCAUGCGAAUCUCACGAAGAGAGAGAAUAAGGAAUGACCAUUUAAAACAACAAAUGGGAAUAGAAGACACGAUAGUUCAGAAUACAAUAACUAACUAUUCUUAUUUAUUCGAAUGCAUUUUUAAAUGUCGCUUCAAAUUAUUUUGUCUACUAUAUUUUUUGUGACAAGUAUCACAUUCAAAAUUACUUUUAUCUAAAUGUACCGCUUCCUAAAUAUCCAUUCCGAUGAAAUUUCUUGUUACCGAAUCUCUUCGAUUUGAAUCCAGUCUCUUGAGGAGUAAUCCCAAGUAUUUUGUUGUAUAUUCAUUGUAUAUUCAUUUUUUAUUUUUAGGAGGCUCCCUGGACCAAACUGCCAUCAAUCUCAAAAAUGAUUUAAAUUCUGUCAAACAUUUCAUUGAUUCGAUAGAACUUCCUACUAUGUAUCCCACAUAAGAAGUCUCUCAUUUGACCAACUUGAUGUAUCAUUAUGAAUUUAAUAAUAUAAGGUUUAAUCCAUAACUCUUUAUAUUAAAGAGGCUUCAGAUUUUCCAUAGGCUACAUUACAUCUAUAAAAAUUGUGCAUUCAAGGGUAAAAUUGCUACUUGGGAAAUUAUCGCCCCCCCGAUCGUGAAAGUAGAGACCACUUCCCCCAACUCAGCAUAUUGAUAAAUAAAUAAAAUAUAAUAUAUACACAAAAAAAGAAAGGUGUUUUUUGUUGUAAAGUAGCAUCUAAAAAGAAAUACUUAGUGAAUACGAAAGUCGUAUAUAGUUUUUAAUAAUUAUUUUGUAUAACUUUGUAUGUUGUACCAUAAUAACUUAGAAACCAUUUUUCUCGUGUAAUGUACUUUCCUACAUAAUCUUAGAUGCUUCUUGAAGAGAACUAAAAAGAAAACAAUGUGUUUUGGAUUUUAUUUUUUAUUUAUUUUUUAAGUUAUUGUGAAAUACAUUUAUCAAUUUAUUUUUUUUAAGAAAUAAGACAGUGUGUCCAGUUUUUUAAUUUUAAACAAAAUACAUUUUGAAAUAGUUGAAAAAUAACAAUCAUACACAUAAAAGUUAUGUCAUUUUUUAGGUAAAAUAAGACAUAAAUCAUUGAACAUGAAGUCUAAAUAAGAGUUUGGAUUAUCAGAUCCUCAAUAUAAUUUGUAAACUUAUGGCUCGAAUAAGAUUGUAUUUAUUAAAAAAUUUGACACACUGUACAACAAUGAGUUACAAUAAAUACAAAUUUCAAUUAGAAAAAAGUCUUGAUGAUAAAAUUCAAUAAAAACAAUACCUUCGUAAGUGAGAGGUAGCCUGCUUGUUCACUAUAAUUUCAUCGCACCAAAAACAAAUUGAAUUAUUUUCUAAGGUUUGCGACAUUUGAAUAUGGUAUAUGCUAAUUAAGUAAAAUAAAAAUAGGAAAUGUAGUUGAAAAUAUAUUUUAUAUAGUGACCAGGUAACCUACUGAAAUACUUACCAAAAAAAAAUAAAACGCACAUUAGGUACACUUGAAAACAAACUUUUUCUUUUAACCAAAACAGUUUUUACACAAAAUUUACCAUUGCGAUGGUAAACUUAGUGGUUUGUAAAUGAUGUUAAAUAAAUAAAAUGUUGUUUUAUAUACUAAUUUUAAAAAGAAAUUUUAUUAAGACUCCCAGAAAAAAAAAAUCACUGAUGGAACUUAUUACGGGUAUUAAGCAUAAUGUUAAUAUUAUGAAAAUUGUAUAAAUAAAAAUGAAACAAU